AUGUCGUCAUCUUCAUCCGACGAAGUUUUCGAAGAAAGAUUUGACGAAGUUUUCGAAGAAAGAUUUGACGAAGUUUUCGAAGAAAUCUUCGAAGAUACAUUCACCAACAUAGCCGAGGCCCAAACCAGUAACCAAAGGAGCCGUGCUUAUAUUGAACAAAACCGUGAAGGAGGACAAGACCGCGUAUGGAAUGACUACUUCAGCGAAGAUUCGACAUUCUCGUCACAAUUAUUCAGACGCCGUUUCCGCAUGAAUAAGGACUUAUUCUUGCGUAUUGUCCAUGGGCUAUCAGAGAACAUUCCAUUCUUUCAGCAAAGAAGAGAUGCAACCGGGAGGUUCGGUCUUUCUGCACUACAAAAAUGUACGGCAGCAAUUUGUAUGCUUGCUUAUGGUUCUGCGGCUGACACGGUUGACGAAUAUCUCCGACUUGGUGAGACCACUGCACUUUCGUGUUUACAUAAUUUCACUGACGGAAUAAUACAGUAA